AUUUCUGUGACACGUCCAGGAAGUGACGGCAACGUCAAUAACAACAUUUGAUACAACUAGCGGAACAGUGUCACGACAUCCGUCUUAGAGCAUUUAAAUUAACAAUUCACAACAAUGUCUUCGGAUUUUGAAGCCUACGAACAGGAGUUUGGUACUCUCACCGCAGAAAUUACCAACAAAAUUGGAAGAAUACCUAAACUUAGUGGAGAGGACAAGACGCAGCUGGUUCUAAAUGUCGACAAACAGCUUGAGGAAGUCAGAGAGUUGUUGGAGCAGAUGGACCUGGAGGUGCGAGAGAUCCCCAUCCAGAGCAGAGCCAUGUACAACAGCCGCCUGAAGAGCUACAAACAGGAGGUGGAGAAGCUCGAGAAAGACUUUAAAAGGUCACGUAUUGCCUACAGUGAUGAGGUGCGGAACGAGCUCCUGGGGGAUGAUGGGAGCUCCUCAGAGAGUCAGUUGAUAAAGUUACGAGAAGAGAGAGCACAUCUGUUGGACAACACAGAGAGGCUGGAAAGGUCAUCUAGGAGACUGGAGGCUGGCUACCAGAUAGCGGUGGAAACCGAGCAAAUGGGCCAGGAGAUUCUGUCCAAUCUGCACAGUGACCGUGAGAAGAUCCAGAGAUCCAGAGACCGGUUGAGAGAGACUGAUGCGAACUUGGGCAAGAGCUCCCGUAUCCUGUCGGGCAUGCUGAGAAGCUGGCAGGCUCUGGGUGUCAGGGCAUGAAGAGGCAUGGCCAGAGGGUCAUUCAGAACCGCAUCCUGGUCUUCAUCCUGGGCGCCAUCAUCCUCCUCACCAUCGUUCUGGCCAUCUAUUUCAAUCUGCGAGGCCGCUGAUCUCCACUGACGGGUCCUGUGUGUGUACGUGUGCGUGUGUGUGAUUAAUAGCGACAAAAGCGCGCUGGAGUAAUUAGGACAAAUUGUUCACAUGAAUCAUUCCUGGUGGGCAGUGACAGGUGAUCUCCUCUCAACUCUAUCCUGUGGAGCACAGCCACGCCCGCUCUACCCUCUACCCCAUUACAGUCAUUCUGCUAGGACCUUACUGUUCAACCCAUUUGCAUGGGACCUCCAUCUGACUGACCUCCACACAUCGUCCACACGGUGGAAUAAUGACAGAGGAAGAAAAGGGGCUUCAAUAUUAUUAUCUGUUAUUUUAUUUCAACAUUUUGUUGGUAGUACUGCUUAUUCCAUGUCAGAAUUGUGUGAAUGUGUCUGUGUGCACAUGCAUGUACACUUCCAGUCCCAGCAUAGUCCCUGCUCUCUUCUGGGUGUGUGACAUGCGCAGGAAGGCUUGGGCCAGGUCUCUAGUGCGGCACACAGAGUAGAAUCAUACACUACACCCAGCCCAAAGGUCAGUGCCUUUAGCAGCACCACACACACGCCUCUCCCAGUCGCGCUUCAUCCAGGAUUAGUAGCUUCUCAUGCUGUUCUUCUAAGGUCAGUAAAGGCCUUGUGUGUGUUCAGGCAACCCAGCAGGACCACUUUUAAACCUAUGGCCCCCCAUUGCUUUAGUAAUAACGUACGGCAUAAAUAUUUGUUAACACACUCGCACAUUACUAAUAUCUGUGUUUAUUUUAAAUUGAUGAUUAUUGUGGUGAUGUAUUUUCCUUCUUUCAUUAAACAGGAAGCAUUUUAUUGAUCAUUGCAUAAUAUAUAUUUCUCUGUAAUGUAAAACAUGUAUAUUGUAUAUGGAUCAAACAUGAGACGUGUGUUUUGAUUCUGAAGGCUGUUCAUUUAUCUUAUUUUUAAAACUUUGGCAUAGAAUUAUGUUAUGAAGCUUUUCACUUUGGAUCCAUAGUGUUUUAUCUUUCAUUUUUAGGACCAACUCCUGGUGAAUGAUGGUCUUAAUCAUAUAGUUCAGAUUACAGCAGUUUAUUUGUAUUUGAUUGGUUGCACGUGUAUGAGUGUGUUGAAGUUUUACGCACUGUCCUAUAUGGUCAGGACAUGGUGCAGACUCAGAAAUCACCAGUGCUUCAGAUUUAUGCGGCUCAAAUAUACUGUCUGUUCGCAUGUGAACAUUUAAAAGACACACACAGAGCACACCUAUUGAUACUGUGUUUAUUAUUCCCGCUGCACGUGACAGAUAUUCUCUCUCUUUCUCUUUAGCUCUUUCUCUCACACAUACACACACACACACACACACACACACACACACACGUUUUCUCCUCCUCUGGCUGAGGGCCUGAUGGACAGACAGACAGGCAGAGGGCAUUUGGUAUUCUGUUUCAGGCCGGGUAGAUUGUCUUAUUUUGGAAGCAGCAUGGUGGGGGGCUUUCUCUGCCUCUGCUUCACAGCUCGGGCUUCAAAGCACCAAAUUAAUGGCCAACAAAAUAGUGUGUCUCUGUCCGUCCCAUGUGGGGCCAACCCGUUGAGAGUUAUCAUUAAGUUCAGGAAUAAAUGAACAAAAAAGGAGAGAGGAGGAAGAGGGAGGAUGAGGAGGGGCAGAAUCCUGCCUGUUUGACAAACCUCAUAAGAUAAUGACCUCAGUGAUUGAGUUUUUCAUCAACAUGCCUAGACAGGACUGGGUGUCUGCAUGUCUACUGUGUGUGUUUGUCCUCUCUCCUCCUUUAGAAAUAUGUGUGAGUGUGAGCACUGGAUCUAAGCACCUGUGUGUGUUGAAUCCAGGCCUGCUGUGAGUAUAUUUUGCUUGUUAUGUGUGUGUGUGUGCAACUGUGUGUGUAUAUGUGCACACAUUUCGCUGACUGUCUCUCUUUCUCUUUCUCUCUCUCUUUCGCUCUCUCUCGCUCUCUCUCUCUCUCUCUCUCUCUCUCUCUCUCUCUCUCUCUCUCUCUCUCUCUCUCUGCCUGUCAGAUCCUCUCAGUAGUGAGUGGCUGGUGGAAGGCAGCGUGGCUGCGGCUCUAUUUGAAGUUGUAAUGGUGUCAAAAAGUCAGGGCUGACUGACAGCCGUCAGUCCCACUGGGGCUCAUUAAAUCAUAACAACUUGACAAGGAAAUAAUUGAGCACUGAUGACAAGUUGAGGCCCGUUUAGAUGUUUUUAUUUUCUUUCAUUAUGCCUUCUGACUAUUAUGUUCAUUAAGAAAUUGCAUUAAACGACUCUUAGGGGGCUAAUGAUUUGUUUAUAUCCCCUUUUUAUUAUUUAAACAGUAGCCGUGUCUUCUGAUACCUCGGCAGGCUGCUGCUAUCAUCUGCUGCAUCUAUUUUUCUCCACACACUUUUUUCUCUAUAUCUCUUUUGUCUCUCUCUUUUUCUUUUCCCUCCCUUCCUUCUUCUCUCCUUCUUUCCCUCCUUCCCUCCUCCCCAUUAUAUUAUUCUCUUCCUCACUCUCCUCACUAUCUACUUCUCAUCCCCCGUUGUCUCUAUAUCCUGUCUCUUACUUUCCUUCUUCUUAUUGAUCUCUAAUUUCACCCCUUCUCCUCACUCUCUUCCUCCUUCUCUCCUCCACAAUUACCUCUCCCCUCUCUCCCUCUAUCCUGUUCAUUCUCCUCUCUCCCUCUCCUCCUCAUUUUCCUCUCCUCUUUUCCUCUCCCCUCCACAUUCACCUCUUAUCUCUCCCUCUCUCCCUCUCCUCCUCAUUCUCCAGUCCUCUUUCCCUCUCCCCUCCACAUUCUCCUCUCAUCUCUUCCUCUUUCACUCUCCCCUCCUCAUUCUCCUCUUCUCUCUCCCUUUCUCCCUCUCCUCCUCAUUCUUUUCUCCUAUUUCCCUCUCCCCUCCUCAUUCUCCUCUCCUCUUUACCUCUCCCCUCUACAUUCUCCUCUCAUCUCUUCCUUUCUCCCUCUCCUCCUCAUUCUCCAGUCCUCAUUCCCUCUCCCCUGCACAUUCUCCUCUCAUCUCUUCCUCUUUCCCUCUCCUCCUCAUUAUUUUCUCCUAUUUCCCUCUCCCCUCCUCAUUCUCCUCUCCUCUUUACCUCUCUCCUCUACAUUCUCCUCUCAUCUCUUCCUUUCUCCCUCUCCUCCUCAUUCUCCUGUCCUCUUUCCCUGUCCCCUCAUCUCUCCCUCUCUCCUCCUCAUUCCCCUCUUUCCUUCACUCAUAAUCCUCACUCUCUCCUCUCUUCUUUCUUCCUUAUCUUGCACUGCUCUUUGUUCCCUCUUCCUCUCCCUCCUCUCUCCUCACUCUAAGCAACUUGCUCUCUCCUCUUUUGCUCCAUCCCGCUCCCCCUCCCUCUGUCCCCUCGCAGCAUGACCUAUGGAAUAGUCAUUACCCUCUGAUAGGCUGUGUCUUAUUCCAGGGGACAAGUGUAGCAGAAGGUGUGCUCACACUUUAACAUAUCAUUCAGACUGAUGUUAACCAUUAUAGUGUCUUUAGCUGGCAGGCCCUCAGCCAGCUGACAGAGGAACAGUGAUUAACCACAGCCCUCGCUUUCCUGUAACACUGAUAAUAGACCUACAGUGUAACAAUAACCAGAGCAUGCAUACACAUGAAUCCCAGGGCUAUAGUGUGUGUUAAUAAUUCCACAUGGGAAAAGCUUCCUGUUAUUUAUAAAUUAGCAAUUUCAAGUAACACUCCAGUUUUUUUUUUUUCCAGCCCAAAUCAGAUACAUGGGAUUACCACACCUAGCUAAGAAUUCUCAGUGCUGACAACUGAAAACCUGUUCACUUAAAACAGUUAUUGAGGCAGUUUUUUUUUUUUUCACCAGUACAAGCAAUAGGUGCUUGUAAUCACACAUAUGCCACAGAUAUAGUGUAUAAAGAAUAGAAUAAAAAACUUUUUUUUGUUGUUUUAAAACACCCUCUGAAAAAAUCGGUGUGUGUGCGUGUGUGUGUGUGUGCGCCCACACACGCAGAAGGUGUGAGUAAAUGAAUAAAGCUGGAAGCACAAUGGGACAUCCACGUUUCAUCGGGUAAAGGUUCUCUCUUGAGAAAUGUCCCUGUCCCCUUUGUCAUCCACAAUGAUAUGGCUUAGAUAGUGCAGAAUAAAGUCGUGUGUGUGUGUGUGUGUGUAUGGACCUUGUGGUGAACAGCAGCACAGGGAGAUCUGUGUCUUCUCAUGUCAAGCACAGUGAGACAAAGUAUAACAGCAUUUUUUAAAUUCCUAUCCAAACCGUUGUGUGUAACUGUAAAUUGUACAUAUGUACAUGACACUAUCCUAAUAGUCUGUGAAAUACUGAAAGACAUGAACCUGAAAUGAUGUCUAUCAAUGCUGUUCUUUCUGGUUUGUCCUUUUUAUAGGAAAUGCCCAUGGAUUGGAGAUGGAUGUAUUUGCUGUGAUCAUGUGCCCACUAUAAUGUUUGUGUGUGUUUGAGAGUGCAUAGCAUCUGGCCACAGACUUCCUACUGAUCAGAUCCAUCUUUCUCGAUUAGUGUGACUACUGUUCCUAUUCUUGCUUUGCUUUCAUUUGUCAGUGAUUUUUAUGGAUUGUGAUCUCUGUGGAUGUGCCGAGUGCUUGUCUAGUUGUAACACUGUCAUUAAAGCAGUAUUGCAUUUCAA